CCACCUCAAACUAACAGUACCUGUGAUACCCGAUCGAACUCCAAUUUGGUCUAAUUAUAAUCAAACCAUUCCUCACUUGACUCCUAGAAGGGUGAAAAUAGAAAAUUAUGAGAAUCGUAACGCCGCCACCUCCUCAGUCCCCUUCCACCACCGCCGCUCCCACCCCCGGCGGUGGCGGUGGUGGCGGUGGUUACAGAAACCAAGAUGCAGAAUUGCUAUUUCGAACGAAGCCCAUCUCAGACAUCCGAAAAGUAGAGGCAACCACGAGGAAAGAGAUCGAGGACAAGAGCGAGGAGUUGAGGCAACUUGUGGGCAAUAGAUACAGAGAUCUUAUAGAUUCAGCCGAUUCCAUUGUUCAAAUGAAGUCCACUUGUGAGUUUAUCUCUACUAACAUUUCAGCUAUUCAUCAUUCUAUAGUCAGCAAUCUUUCUUCAUCAAUUGAUAGUCCUAGGACAGUCAAUUCCAAUGCCAAUUCCAACAGGGCCCGGAUUUAUGGCAUUGCUUGCCGGGUUAAGUAUCUUGUAGAUACCCCAGAAAAUAUUUGGGGUUGUCUUGAUGAAUCUAUGUUUAUGGAAGCUUCAGCUAGAUAUAUCCGUGCAAAACAUGUUCAUGAUUACCUAAUUGUUAUGAAUAACGAUAGUGUCGGUAUUAGGAAUGGUGGUAGUUACAAUGUGUUGUCGAAAUUUCCGUUGCUUCAGCAUCAGUGGCAGAUAGUGGAGAGUUUUAAGGCUCAGAUCUCGCAGAGGAGUCGUGAGAGGUUGUUGGAUCAAGCCCUUCUUCUUGAGCUUGGGAUCAAUGCUUAUGCUGAUGCUCUUGCUGCUGUUGCGAUUAUUGAUGAGCUUGAUCCGAAACAGAUUCUGAGUUUGUUUUUGGAUUCACGAAAGUCUUGUAUUUUACAGAAAUUGAGUGCUUGUUCUAGUAAUGUUAAUGCUGAUAGUUCUGAUGUGAUUUCAGUGUUCUGUCAAGUGUUGAGGAUAAUUCAGGUUAGUGUAGGGCAAGUUGGGGAGUUGUUUUUGCAGGUACUGAAUGAUAUGCCUUUGUUUUAUAAGACUAUUUUGGGUUCACCCCCGGCUUCUCAGUUGUUUGGGGGGAUUCCAAAUCCUGACGAGGAAGUGAGGUUAUGGACUGCAUUUAGGGAUAAACUGGAGUCUACCAUGGUAACGUUAGACAGAGAUUUUCUUGCGAGGACUUGUUCUGAUUGGUUGAGGAAUUGUGGGAAGGAGAUUGUGAACAACAUCAAUGGGAGGUACUUGAUUGAUGUGAUUGCAAGUGGGAAAGAGCUUGCUUCGGCUGAGAAGUUGAUAAGAGAGACCAUGGACAGUAAACAAGUCUUGGAGGGGAGUUUGGAGUGGCUUAAGAGUGUUUUUGGUUCUGAGAUUGAAUUGCCAUGGAAAAGGACACGUGAACUUGUGUUGGGUGAUGACUCUGAUCUCUGGGACGACAUAUUUGAAGAUGCUUUUCUUCAGAGGAUGAAAGCAAUUAUUGAUACCAGAUUUGAGGAGUUGAGCGGAGCAGUGUCUGUUGUGGAGUCAGUCCGGACUAUUGUGAAAACACCUAGUGAUGUUGGUUUCCAGUCUUACCCGAAUAGAGUUCCAAAUGCUGGUGGAGUUUGGUUCAUGGAACCAAAUAUUAAAAGAGUUGGUUCAUCACAGUGUACUGAGCAGAAUGAUGUUCGUACUUGUCUCAAUGCUUACUUUGGGGCAGAAGUUAGCCGAAUCAGAGAUGCCGUUGACAGCCGAUGUGAGCUUGUCCUUGAGGACCUCCUCUUUUUCCUCGAGUCUCCAAAGGCACCUGUAAGGUUGAAGGAUUUGGCCCCAUAUUUGCAGAAUAAAUGUUACGCAACCAUGUCAACCAUAUUGAGAGAUCUUAAGAGCGAGCUAGACCUAUUGGAUGCUGACCUGAAAAAUGUGGAUCAGGAAGGUGAAUCCACACCUCUGGCUGCCAUAAUUGUUGAGAGGUCUCUAUUUAUUGGUCGACUAUUGUUUGCUUUCCAGAAGCACUCUAGGCAUGUGCCCGUAAUUCUUGGUUCACCAAGAUCGUGGUUGAAUGAAACUUUUGCUGGUGUCUCGCUCAAGUCCCGUGCUGCUUUGAGGUAUUCUAGAUCAUCUUUUGACUCCUUUAUGAGUGAUAGUCCUGGAAAGAAAAUGCUUGAUUCCCCCAAAAGACAAACUUCAUUGGCGGCAUCUGCUUUGUUUGGAAUAGAUGACAAUUCAAGUCCACAACUUGAAGAACUUAGCAGAACAACCCAAGAUCUUUGCAUUAGAGCGCACAAUAUAUGGAUAUCGUGGGUCUCUGAUGAACUAUCAAGAAUUCUCUCAGCGAAUGUUGAAAAAGAUGAUGCCUUAUCAGCAGCUGCACCCUUGAGAGGAUGGGAGAAGAUUGCAGUCAAGCAAGAGCAGCUGAAUGAAGGUGAAUCGGAAAUGCAAAUUUUGCUUCCAUCUAUGCCUUCUAUUUAUAUCAACUCAUUCCUGUUUCAAGCGUGCGAAGAAAUUCAUCAAGUUGGUGGUCAUGUACUUGACAAGCCUAUCCUACAAGAUUUUGCUUCAAGACUACUGGAAAAGGUUAUUGGUAUUUAUGUAGCUUUCCUUGAAUGUCAUGGAUCUCAAGUGUCUGAAAAGGGAAUUCUGCAAAUCUUGUUGGAUUUAAGAUUUGUUGCUGAUGUUUUAUCUGGCGGUGAUGUUAGUUCUAAUACUGUGCCUUCAAAAGUACCAAAGGUAAAGCUUCCAUUCAGAAUCAAGCAGGACAUCCAUGAAACCAAGUCAGUGAUUAGAGAGCGUCUUGAUGGCUUGGUAUCUCACCUUUCACAAAGACUGGAUCCUAUAGACUGGCUCACCUAUGAGCCAUACCUGCGGGAGAAUGGGAAGCAAUCAUACUUGAGGCAUGCUGUGCUUUUUGGAUUCUUUGUCCAACUUAAUAGACUGUAUACGGACACAGCGCAAAAGUUGCCUAGUAAUUCUGAAUCAAAUAUCAUGCGAUGCUCUGAUGUGCCUCGCUUCAAGUAUCUUCCCAUCAGUGCUCCAGCAUUGUCUUCGAGAGGACCAGCCAGGCCAUCAGCUUCAACAUCUAUGGAUGAUGUUUCUUCUAGAAGUUCUCGGAACAGCUAUACAACUGAUGAGCUCUCACGGAACAUUGAUUAUGAUGAUAACUCAAGUUUAGGGAUGGCAGCGCCUUUCUUGAGGUCCUUCAUGCAGGUUGGCAGCAGAUUUGGGGAGAGCACUCUCAGACUGGGAUCCAUUCUUACAGAUGGGCAAGUUGGCAGGUUUGGUGACAUGUUACCUGCGCAGGCUGCUGGACUUCUUUCAUCCUUCACGGCUGGCAGAUUGGAUUCUUGAUUGCUGAGAAUUUUUCUAGCAAUUUCUUGGGAAUUUUAUCAGGAUAAAUUGUAGUCAAACAGCUGGAAGCUUGAUGGGACUACCAGAUGAUUUAAUACUAGGCAGAAAUUUAUCUCUGCAUUGGAUUAUAGAAAUUGUAAAAGAAGAUGAGGAAUGAAGGCGGCAUUGAUUGAGGAAAGAGAUGCAUGAUCGAAGGGUAAUCUAGAGAAAGUUUCAGAUGUAUGGGAAAUUGGGAAUCAAAAAAAGCCAUUUCAAUAUUGUUUAUCAAUUUUGUAUUGUAUAAUAAGAAGUACAGAUAAAAUUGUAUGUACAAUCAGAUUUGAAUCUAAACCGUCUGAAUUGGAAUAUAAAAGGGCAUUUUUUGGCA